AUGAAAAAAAUAAGUAUGAUCCUUUGCCUAAUCGUUACGAACAUUUGUAUUAACAUAAAAAAUUUGUUGUUCAUAUCAUCUGUAAAGAAAAACAGUAGUAGCUUACUAAAUACGGUGAAAAAGCAUCGUUCGAUAUAUUUUUUGAAAAAUUUUAUUAAUAUAAACAAAUUGACGAAUUGGAAUACAUUUAAAAGGAAGAAAAAAAAGAUUAUUAAGUUUAGUUGCUAUUCAUUUGGAAAUCCUAUACAUCCCAAUAAUUUUAACGUAAAUAUGAUGGAGGGCUUAAAAAAAGCUGUGCUUGUCGGAGAGAAUCCUGCAUAUAUUAAAGAAAGAUUAGCAAAAUAUAAUGAGUUAAAAGAGAAAAAAAGGCUGGAUACAGAAUUACAAAUAAAAAAUGAUGAACAUUUUAAAAAGAAUAUAAACAUAGAACUACUGGAUGGAUCUAUCAGGGUUGGAGAAUGUCAUGUUACAACUCCUUUUCAUAUAGCUAGCUCGAUUUCAAAAAAGCUAGCUGAGGAUUCCAUAGUGUCAAAAAUUACAUAUUUAGAGAAAGUAGACCUGGAAUUAUGUGAUAUAGAGGAUGCAGAGGAAAACAGCAACGUGAGUGGAAGUGGCAAUGGCAACGACAGUGGAAACAGUGCAGAGAAUAAACACUGUAGUGGGGGACGUACUCCCAUGCUGUGGGAUAUGAACGUGCCUCUAAUAGGAAAUUGCAAAAUUGAGUUUCUGAAUAUUGAACAUGAAGAAGCAAAGAAGAUCUUCUGGCAUUCAUCUGCACACAUAUUAGGUAGCAGUUUAGAGAAAAUAUUUGGAGGGUACUUAACAAUUGGUCCUGCGUUAAGUGAAGGAUUUUAUUAUGAUAUAUUUUUAGGAAAUUAUGCUAUCAGUAAUGAACAUUAUAAAAGGAUUGAAGAUGAGUUUGCCAAAUUAACAAAAGAAAAUGUGGAAUUUGAAAAAGUUGUAUGUACAAAGGAAGAAGUAUUAGAGCUAUUUAAAUAUAACCCUUUUAAAUUAGAAUUAAUAAAAUCAAAAAUACCAGAUAAUAAAAAAACUUCUGUAUAUAAAUGUGGAGAGUUUAUAGAUUUAUGUUUAGGUCCUCAUAUUAGAAAUACUGGGAAAGUGAAAGCUUUUAAAGUAUUAAAGAAUUCAUCUGCAUAUUGGUUAGGAAAGAAAGAUAAUGAUAGUUUACAAAGAGUGUAUGGUAUAUCUUUUCAAAAAAAAAAUGAACUCACAGAUUACUUAACAUUUCUUGAAGACGCAAAAAAAAGAGAUCAUAGAAAUGUAGGAAAAAAAUUAAAUUUUUUCUUUUUUGAAAAAGAUAUGUCCCCAGGAUCUGGAUUUUGGUUUUCUAAUGGAGCAAAAAUAUUUAAUAAGCUAAUCGACUUUAUGAGAAGAGAAUAUCGAUUAAGAAAAUAUGAGGAGGUAAUAACUCCAAAUGUAUUUAGUUGCGAUUUAUGGAAAACUUCUGGCCAUUAUCAAAAUUACAAAGAUUGUAUGUUCAUAUUUAAUGUAGAAAAUAAAGAAUGGGGUAUGAAACCUAUGAAUUGUCCAGGUCAUUGUAUUAUGUUUAAACAAAUGAAUGUUUCCUAUCGUUCUUUGCCCAUACGUUUAGCCGACUUUGGUGUCUUACAUAGAAAUGAAAUAACAGGUAGUUUGAGUGGUUUAACUAGGGUUAGAAGGUUUCAACAAGAUGAUGCACAUAUCUUUUGCUCUUUUGAGCAAAUAACAAAAGAAGUUGUAAACACACUUCAUUUUCUUUUCUUUGUAUAUGAUUUAUUUGGUUUUAAAUAUGAAUUAUUUUUAUCAACACGACCUAAGAAAUUUAUUGGAAACAUAUCUACAUGGGACUUUGCUGAACAAUCAUUAAAAGAUGCUUUAAAUUCGGUAAAUGUCGAAUGGAAAUUAAAUGAAGGAGAUGGAGCUUUUUACGGACCCAAAAUUGAUAUAUUGGUAAGGGACAGUAUCAACAGAACCCAUCAGUGUGGCACAAUACAGCUGGAUUUUCAGCUACCCAUUAGAUUUAAUUUGCAGUAUAAAAAUAAAGAUUUUGGCGUUCUUGAGGAUGAUAAUGAGAAGAAGGAGCACGCGGACCUGGAAAAUGGCUCUACGGGAGGGGGAGAAACCAAAAAAGAUUAUGGUUAUGAUGGCGGUAAUGACAAUGAUGAUGGUAACCAUGACCGUGCGGCUAACCUUGAGUGUGGUAAUUACAGUGGAGGGGUGCAAUCUGCAUCAGAUGACUUAUUGAAGAAGGGAUUUGAUAGACCAGUAAUUAUACAUAGAGCAAUUCUAGGAUCAGUGGAAAGAUUUGUAGCAAUUUUGAUUGAACAUACAGCCGGUAAGCUGCCCUUUUGGUUGUCUCCAAGACAAGCCAUAGUUUUACCAGUAAGCGAUAAAUUUAAUAAGUAUGCUUAUUAUGUAUAUGAAACUUUGAAUAACAACUUUUUUGAUGUAGAUGUAGAUGCGUCAAUGAAUACAUUAAAUAAAAAAAUUAGAGAGGCUCAGUUGAAGCAGUUUAAUUUUAUACUUGUCGUUGGAGAAAAGGAAUUGACAACAAACACGGUCACUGUACGAGAUAGGGAUGACCCAAAUAAUCAACAGGUUUAUUCAGUUAAUGAUAUUGUAAACAAAUUUAAAGAAAUGCUUGAAGUUAAUUCGUGCAAAUUCAACCAAAUUAUUCCCUUUCAGUGA